AUGACCCGCCAGAUCCAGCACGUCGCUGUUAUCGGGGCCGGCAUCAGCGGCGUCACAUCGGCAGGCCAUCUGCUCGCUGCAGGCAUCAACAUCACUGUCUUCGAGCGCAACCAUGCUGCAGGCGGUGUGUGGCUCUAUGAUGAGCGAAAGCCGCUUGAACCGAAUUAUCCGUCCACGAAGCCUUCCAUAUCCGAGAGACAUAGGGAAGGCGACCAGUUUGCUGAGCAGUUACUCCUCUUGGAGCAUGCUCCUCCUGGACCCUGUUAUGUCGGCCUGAAAAACAAUGUCGAGACGACGUUGAUGCGGGUGAAGCUGAACGCGUGGCCUGAGGGCACACCGGAGUUCGUCAGUCACAAGGUGAUGAAGGAAUACAUACAGGAUACCUCUCGGAAGGCUGGAGCUGAUGGGGUCACAAUCUAUGGUGCCCGGGUGACCAGUGUACGUAAGGAUGGGCACAAGUGGCAUGUUACUUGGACGACUCUUCAAGAGGAAGAAAAGUUGGACAGCCUGAGGGAAUACGAAGAAACAGCUACAUUCGACGCGGUCAUUGUGGCCUCUGGUCACUACCAUGCGCCCCGCGUGCCGGACAUUCCGGGGCUUUCAGAAACAAAGACAAGAUGGCCCGCGCGGAUUAUCCACUCCAAAGGCUACAGAAGACCCGACGCAUACAAAGACAAGAACGUCUUACUCAUUGGAGGAGGGGUAUCAUCCACGGACGUUGCAAAGGAGCUCGGACCAUUUGCUCGACGGGUCUACCAAAGCACGCGAAACGGCUUGUUUGAUUUGCCCUCCAGCGUUCUCCCUGAUAAUGCGGUGAGGGUUGGCGAGGUGGAAAGCUUCGAGAUCACUAGCAAGGACGAGAUCGUAUCCGACGAUCAACCACUCCCGCUAAACAUCCAUCUCAAGUCCGGACAAAAGCUCUGCGAGAUAGACCAUGUGAUUAUCUGCACCGGGUACCAUAUCACCUUGCCUUUUUUGUCGGAGCUCCAUGACGACGCGACACCGGCCGAUCAGGCUGACGAGACGAUCCUGGUCACCGAUGGAACACAGGUGCACAACCUUCACAAGGACAUCUUCUACAUCCCAGAUCCCACUCUGGCAUUCGUGGGCGUGCCGUACUACACCGCGACGUUUACUCUGUUCGAGUUCCAGGCUAUUGUCGUCGCGAACGUGUUCGCAGGCAUAGCCGAGGUGCCACCUACGGAGGACAUGCGGGAGGAGUAUGCGGAGAAGAUCCGGACGAAAGGCAGCGGCAAGACUUUUCAUUCACUCAAGGACAUGGAAGAGAUCUACGUGGAAGAUUUGAUGAGCUGGAUUAAUGGGUAUAGAGAAAGGCGCGGUCUCCCUGCCAUUGGCGGCCAUACUGAGACCUGGCAUGCGGCCAAAGCGAUCCAGCGAGAACGAGUCAAGGGUCUAAUUGGUGGGGGUAGCUCGAGACGUGAUAGUGGUGUUGGCGAGCAGUGGGUUUCCUGUCACUAA